UCUAACAUCCCCUUGGAAUAUGAACCCUUCGCUCCUUGGCACACCAACAUCUUCCGUCAGUGGUACGAUGCAAGGUGCUGUUUGCUCCUCUUUGUGGAUAAACAAGCUGAAGAUUGUUGGCAGUGGACAUAAUUGGGCCGUUGCACCAUGUGAACCAUUUUAUUUAAUGGGAACCGAGCCCCCGGCUCCUGAGACUGCGCUUACGGGCGCGAAAAAUUUGAUAGAACAUUAUGGCUUGGGAAACGCUUAUCAGAAGUUUUGUAGCAAGCCAUUGCGUGAGGAACUCAGUGCUUUCUUGCCUCACUUGUCUGGUAAUGUUGACGUUCCAGCCUCAGUUGAUGGGAGUGGCCUAAUGAGUUUGAUUGAACGACCUCCAAUACGUGGAAAAGAAUUGCACCUGUUCGCUCCUAGUCAGCUAGAUAAUGCUUUCCGACUCCAUCCAGGACCGUUACCUCAAGAGUACUCAUCGCUUUUCACUGCAGUUCCCACGAGAAAUUCUCGUCGAUCCAACUUACAGGGGCAUUCUGAUGUACCCACUGGUGCGACAUCCUGUUCACGAGUACCGGCCACGGCUGCUCCCGGUCUAAACACAUUUGCUCGCCGCCGACGCCGUUUUGAAGUCCAUCGUGGUUUAUGCGCAGCAAAUAGCUCCAUCGGUUCUUUCGCUCCUGCUUCGUCUAUGCCUGUCCCCUUAUCCGACUCACCAUCAACUGGAGCCACGCCUCUCUCCACUCCUGUUUCAGCCGGCUCAGCUCCUACGCAGCCCAGCGUCCGAGCCUCUAGUGUGCCAUUCGCUCUCCCUUCAUCGGACGCUCCUGGUGUAAACGCACCUUCUGGCAAGCCCAUUGAACACCCCCCUGGCCUAAUCCUCGUUUCCAGCCAUUUGCCCCCUUCCACUAGGCCUACAGACCAACAGCACUUACCACCUCCCCCACCUCCUUUGCUCGCUCCAGCACAUUCGUCAUCUCAACCUACCUCGCAACGUUUGAGCCACACUUCAGCCCAUGAUUUGUCUUCUUCCUCAUGUGCUGCGAUUAUUCCCGGGCCACCCGUUCUGCAGUCGAUUCACGCAUCUAACUCAUUAACCACAGGACCUGGUUCUUCUGCUCAUACUCUGAAUCAUCCUCCUUCGUACGGGAUUCAGCCUCCCACGCAAACCAUACACACUUCUGAUUUGAACAAGUCUCCCUCCUCUGGGCGCGGUGGCUCGGGCUCCUCUCCACCUUCACCUGAACUCCACAGAACGCGACGCCUCGAUGGUUUGGAUGAGGAACGCCGUAGGAAAAAACGAAAAGAGAAGAAACGGCGUAAGGACCGUGAUUAGUACUACUGAUUCCCGUCCCCACUGCCAUGUUUAAAUCCCCUUCAUGCUUCCAUUCUUUCGUUUGGUCACCAUUUCAGGAGUCUCCACCAAUCUAUGCGCCUCUCUAACUAUGAAGAACGUGCUACUUCCGUAUUUUUCUCUAGUUGUGCUUCACGUGUUCCUCUUCAUGAAUAAGUGCCUGGGUCUAGCUAGCAAAGAUAGUGUUAUCGGUUUUUGUUUUUGCCGUAUUUGGGGGGGGGGGGGUAACGGCGUCCAGUUGCGAUAAUAUCAACGGAUCUUCUAUAAUCCUAGGAAACGAGAUACGGUGUUGCCAGAUGCAGAGGCUUUAACCACCACAAACACAAACCGAACGACCGAAGUACGGAGAGGUUUGGAAAUUAU